AUGGCUAAGGUCGACGCUAUCGUGGCUGAACUGAAGGACUUGCGUGCCGGUCUCGACGAGUUCUUGGUGAUGCUCCCAUAUUUCAACGGCUUUGAGAACGCGGCAACAUCGGACGGCGUCGACGCCGAUGACGAGGAUUGGAAUGUGGUGGCCGAUGACGCCGAUGACGAGGAUCGAAAUGUGGUGGCCGAUGACGCCGAUGACGAGGGUCAGAAUGUGGUGGCCGUGGUGGCCGAUGACGAGGAUCGGAAUGUGGUGGCCGAUGACGAGGAUCGGAAUGUGCUGGCCGAUGACGAGGAUCGGAAUGUGGUGGCCAAUGACGCCCAUCGGGACUGGGGAGUGCAGCAGCGAGCAGAAGGAGGGGGAGUGCAGCAUCGGGACUGGGGAGUGCAUCAACGAGCAGAAGGAGGGGGAGUGCAGCAGCGAGCAGGAGAGGGAGUGCAGCAGCGGGCAGAAGAGGGGGGGGUGCAGCAGCGAGCAGAAGGAGGGGGAGUGAAGCGGCGAGCAGAAGGAAGGGGGGUGCAGCGGCGAGCAGAAGGAGGGGGAGUGCAGCGGCGAGCAGGAGGAGGGGGGGUGCAGCAGCGAGCCGGCUCUGGAGAGUUGCAGGAAGCCGGCUCUGGAGAGGUGCGGAAUGCCGAAGGUGCGGUUUGGAGUUGCCGGUGA